CUCUAAAGAAAAAAAGUGGAGAAGAAGAAUGGCUUUGAUUAGCUCCACAUUGUUAUUAUAGAGAGAAACAGGAGCUGCUCUGGUGAAGUAUGGAAUAACCUCCUGCUUCAAGUCCUCUACUGCUCCUAGUGUCCACUCUCCUUCACAGUUCUGAUUUGCUUCAAUGAACACAUCAAGCACUGCCACCAAGUGGAAUACAUCACAAUGUCAGACCUACAAGAGAUUAAAUGUGAGAAUAUGGUGUCCAAAAUCUCCAUUACUGAGAAAUCACCUUCUGCUACUCUCCGCACUAACACAUCUGGCAGACAAAUACAAAAAAAUACAGAAAAUUUAGGAACACAUGAGUGCUCAGAUUGUGGAAAACGUUUUAUGGAGAGACAUAAUCUCAGAAAACACCAGCGAAUUCACACAGGAGGAAAGCCGUUUCAGUGCUCAGAGUGUGGAAAGAGUUUUACUAGACUGGGUAAUCUUCAAACACACCAGCGCAUUCACACAAAAGAGAGACCGUAUCACUGUUCAGACUGUGGGAAGAGUUUUAAUCGACAAGGUAAUCUUCAAACACACCAACGCAUUCAUACAGGAGAGAGACCAUAUCACUGCUUGGUAUGUGGAAAGAGUUUUAAUCAACAGAGUUCUUUCCAAGUACACCAGCGCAUUCACACAGGAGAGAGGCCGUACUACUGCUCAGAAUGUGGCCACAGUUUUAUUCGACACUGUGAUCUCCAAAGACACCAGCGCAUUCACACGGGAGAGAAACCAUAUCGCUGCUCAGAGUGUGGGAACAGCUUUACUAGACAGAAUCAUCUCUUAACGCAUAAGCGCAUUCACACAGGAGAGAAACCUUUUCACUGCUCACAGUGUGGGAAGAGUUUUACUAAACAGAACGAUCUCCAAAGACACCAGCGCAUUCACACAGGAGAGAAACCGUAUAAGUGCUCAGAGUGUGGGAAGAGUUUUACUAAACAAAGUGAUUUUCAGAGACACCAGCGCAUUCACACAGGAGAGAAACCGUAUUACUGUUCAGAGUGUGGAAAGUGUUUUGCUGUACAGAGUAAUUUCCAAAGACACCAGCGUAUUCACACAGGAGAGAAACCGUAUCAGUGUUCAGAGUGUGGAAAGAGUUUUGCUGCACAGUAUAAUUUCAAAAUACACCAGCACAUUCACACAGGAAUGAAACCGUAUCACUGAUGCUUAGAGUGUGGAAAGUGUUUUACCGAGAGAAAUAAUCUCCAAAAACACCAGUGCAUUCACAAAGGAGAGAAGCCGUUUCACUGCACAGACUGUGGAAGAAGUUUUACUAGACAGGGUAAUCUCCAAAAACACCAGUGCAUUCAUGCAGGAAAGAAGCCGUACCACUGUUCAGAGUGUGGAAGAAGUUUUACUAGGUUGGGUAAUCUUCAAGUACACCAGCGCAUUCACACAGGAGAGAAACCGUAUCACUGUUCAGAAUGUGGGAAGAGUUUUAAUCGACAGAGUAAUCUUCAAACACACCAGCGCAUUCAUACAGGAAAAAAGCCAUAUUGGUGUUCAGAUUGUGGAAAGAGUUUUACCAGACAGGGUAAUCUCCAAACACACCAACGUAUUCACACAGGAGAGAAACCAUAUCACUGCUUGGAGUGUGGACAGAGGUUUAAUCAACAGAUUAAUCUUCAUAUACAUCAGCGAAUUCACACAGGAGAGAAACCGUAUCACUGUUCAGAGUGUGGGAAGAGCUUCAAUCAACAAAGUAAUUUCCAAAUACACCAGCGCAUUCACACAGGAGAGAAACCGUAUAGCUGCUCAGAGUGUGGACAGCGGUUUAAUCAACAGAGUUCUCUUCAAGUACACCAGCGUAUUCACACAGGAGAGAAACCGUAUCAGUGCUCAGAGUGUGGACAGAGGUUUAAUCAGCAGAGUUCCCUCCACGUACACCAGCGCAUUCAUACAGGAGAGAAACCGUAUUACUGCACAGACUGUGGACAGAGUUUUAUUAGACAAAGUGAUCUCCAAAGACACCAGCGCAUUCACACAGGAGAGAAACCGUUUCACUGCUCAGAGUGUGGACAGAAUUUUACUAGACUGAGUAAUCUGCAAACACACCAGCGCAUUCACACAGGAGAGAAACCGUAUCAGUGCUCACAGUGCGGGAAGUGCUUUAAUAAACAGGGUGAUCUCCAACGGCACCAUCGCAUUCACUCAGGAGAGAAACCGUAUCGCUGCUCAGAUUGUGGAAAGAGUUUUGCUGCACAGAGUAAUCUAAAAAAACACCAGCGCACUCACACAGGAGUGAAACCGUAUUACUGUUCAGAGUGUGGAAAAGGCUUUACUGUACUGAGUAAUCUCCGAAAACACCAGCAUGUUCACACAGGAGAGAAACCAUAUCACAGAAUGUAGAUUUAAAUUUGAAGACCUACAAACAGUGCUGUACCAUGCAAAACGUGCAGCAUGAUAUAGAGCUAUUCAUGAAGUCACCUUGGAGAUGAACAGCACACCAGUCUCUACUUACCUUGUUGGUAUUUUUACAUGUGCUAUUCAAAAUCGAUGUAUUGCUGAACUAAUGCAUGUUAAUUAACAAUGCUCAGUGCCUGUUCGGGGCCAAAAAGGACAUACAUUCUUGAUAAACAUCUGAGCCUCCUCCAAAGCCACAGUCAGUCAUGAGCCGAGAGUCAGCACCAAAACUCACUCUGCUGUCCUGUUUGAGAUGAAAAGGGCUCUGUCUGAGCUAUACAGUGGUGUUUGCUGUUUGGUGUGUGGGAAUCUGCAGUCUGCCUUGUCCUCUUCACUCCACCACAUUGGUCUUUGAAAGAAGAGAAGAAAUAUCAAUAAGAAGUUACUGGAUGCUACAAACCUCUCUACAGUAGACCAGAAGAUCACAUCCUGAAUAUCUUGUACACAAACAUACAUUCUCUCUCACUUUACCUAAGGAGUGUGUUGUAUUUCAGUGGUGUAAUGGUGUGUGUAUAGGACAGUAUACCAUGAUUUGUAAAGGAUCCCCACUGCAACAUGUCCACGCACCAUGCAUAAAUAUUUUCCAUACAGUCCAUGCAAUAAUUUCAUCUUUCCUCGUUUUCGGUGAAGUGGCUUAUCAGUGAUAGGCUCUACAGCCUGUGAUGUAAUUUGAUGCAGACUUUAUGCAUGCUGAUUUAGAUAACAGAUAACUUUACUCAAGAGAGUAUGCCUAAGUAGAUCAGAAAUGGCAGAUAAGAAUUUGCAGACAUUUCUCUUUUACUCUGUCGAUCUCUUUGAUCUAUCAUGCCGCACACCGCAUUUACAUGUUCAUUUAAAAGAGUGUAUAUUGAUGCAUUUUGAACCAUGGACCUGUUUUAUUUUUUUUUAAUGAACAGUUUCAUUCAGUGCUGGGAAUGUGUAAUCACAGCAAGGAGACAAUAGAAGUUCAGAUUAUGAGUACAUUUCCAAAAGCACACAGCUAUUUCUGCACUGUAACCACAUGGCUAUGGCAUAAUUUUGGAAGGAGAGAAGGUUGGGACACAACCAAUAUAAUGUAUCUGAAGCAGUGUUCUGGUGUCAGCUGAACAACUUCUCUCAGACGAUGCAUUACCAGUGUCUCAGUUCCGCCAUACGGUCCUGGACAAGCUUGAAAGACGUGCAAAGUUUGCAAUGUACCAUAAAAUGUAUGCUGAAAAUUAUAUCACUGUGGUUUUGUUUUGUCACUACUUGCAAAAGAGUAAAACAUCUCAGUGUAACUUACUCUUUAGACUGAUCUAGAGCACAGAACAUGUGUAUUUGCUAAGUGGUCUGCAGGCACCAGCAGUUCUAAGGAACAUGUCCUUGACCCUCAUGGCCAUUAUAAAGUGGUUCUAAGUUAAUGCUGUGUCUGAAGGUACUGCAUUCAAACAUUCAUGGAGUGGGCAGUGAACUGACACCUCCUGCCCAAUGUUAUUUCUGUGGUAGGAUCAUCUAUUAUGCAGUUAAGCAAAGCAUAAGAAAAGGUGGCUAUAGUAAUAUUACUGUGCACCAUGGUUGCAAAAUUUAGGAUCAUUAUUGUUA